AUGGCAAUGAAUGGUUAUUUGGAUGAAUAUGAAAAGCUUGUGAUUAGGAUGAACACUCCAAGGGUCGUUAUCGACAAUGGUGUUUGUUCUUCAGCGACAAUCGUCAAGGUUGAUAGUGCAAGAAGAGAUGGUAUAUUAUUAGAAGCUGUACAAAUUCUCACCGAUUUGAAUCUCUCCAUUAAAAAAGCUUACAUUUCUUCUGAUGGACGAUGGAACAUGGAUGUCUUCCAUGUGACUGACUUAAACGGAAACAAACUGAAUGAACAGAGCGUUUUGAGAUACAUUGAACAGUCGAUCGAGACGGUUUACUACGGCGAAGACAUUGAAGUAAACGGUUUAACAGCCUUAGAGUUAACCGGAACAGACCGGAUCGGUUUACUAUCGGAGAUGUUCGCUGUUCUCUCUGAUCUCAACUGCGAUGUAGUGGACGCCAAGCUAUGGACGCACAACGGCAGAGUUGCGUCUCUGAUCUACCUCAAAGACUGUUUCUCAGGAUCUCCGAUUCUCGACACUCAGCGGAUAUCCAAGAUCGAGGGACGGUUGAAGAACGUUUUGAACGGCGAUAACGACAUCAAAUCCGCUGCAAAGACUUGCGUCUCGAUGGACGCGAUGACGACGCACAUCGAACGUAGGCUGCAUCAGCUUAUGUUUGAAGAUAGAGACUACGAGAAGAGAUCCAGGAAGCAAGAGAGAUCGCCGACGGUGGUUGUGACGGUUCAGAAUUGGGCCGAGAGGGGUUACUCUGUUGUUAAUGUUCAUUGUCGGGAUCGGACUAAGCUUUUGUUCGAUGUCGUUUGUACGUUAACUGAUAUGGAGUAUGCUGUGUUCCACGCUACGAUCAACACUUCUGAAGACCAAGCUCACUUGGAGUUUUACAUCCGGCACAAGGAUGGAUCUCCGAUAAGCUCAGAAGCAGAGAGACAACGAGUGAUUCAAUGCUUAGAAGCUGCGGUCGAAAGAAGAGCUUCUGAGGGUGUGAGAUUGGAGUUUAGACAUCCGGACAAACAAGGUUUACUAGCGGAAGUUACGAGGACAUUCAGAGAAAACGGUCUGAAUGUGACAAGAACAGAGAUAUCAACGAGUUGCGACAUGGCUACAAACAUAUUCUACGUAACAGAUGCGAAUGGAGAUGAGCCUGACACGAAAUUGAUUGAGUCGGUUAGGGAGAAAAUCGGUUUUGAGUGGUUAAGAGUGAAGGAAAUGCCAUCUGUGAAUCAUAAGAAGGGAGAUGGAGAAGAACAGCAACAGACUAAAGCAGUGUUGGUUUCACUUGGGAGUUUGGUUUGGAGAAACCUAUUCAGCUUUGGUCUAGUCAAAUCAUGUUCUUGA